CUACCCCCCAAACAAUUCCAAUGGUAUGAUUCUGAUAGGUUAACUGCAAGGAUGUACAACAUUUCUGCCUGUCGAUUUGAGAUAAGAUCGGUGUAACUUCGUGAGUUGCAAAAUUUCAGGCUUUCGGAGUCGUACAAAAGGGUUUCGUCGUCUGCUUCGUCUUCUUCCUAUGCCGGAAUCUCAAUCGCAGACGACACAGUGUUGUUAUCUGUUGAGUGUUGACUGUUGAAUCAGGGUCGGUUGAUGAAAAGAUGCUCUCACAUGAUCAAUUCUAUCAGCAAUGCGCUCUCUUUCUUACCCUGAUCGCCUUCUCUCAACCCUUGGAACCAAAACCAAGAAACUCAGGCGCUCUUGUAUUGUUCAGAGCGUUGUUGACCUCUGCUCCCAGGGUAAACUCAAAGAAACCGUCGAUUCUUUAGAGCUGCUCUCCCGCCGGGGCCUGCGUUUAGACCAUCGAACGCUUGCUUUUCUCUUGAAGCAGUGCGCCAGCUCUAGAUCCCUUCGAGAGGGCAAAUGGGUUCACCUCUAUUUGAAACUGACUGGCCUCAAACACCCCAGAACGUAUUUGUUGAACCAUUUAAUCAAUAUGUACUUUAAAUGUGGUGAUGACAUGGAAGCUCGUCGAGUGUUCGACAAGAUGCGUGUUAGAAAUUUGUUCUCUUGGAACAAUAUGCUGGCGGGUUAUGCUAAGCAAGGAAUGCUGAAACCUGCAAGGAAGUUGUUUGACAAAAUGCCUGAGAAGGAUGUUGUGUCCUGGAAUACCAUGAUAAUUGCCCUGGCGCAGAAUGGGUUUUGUAAUGAAGGUUUGAGAUUUUAUGCACAGUUGCGUCGUUCUUCUCUUGGGUUUAACCAGUUCAGCUUUGCUGGUAUUCUGACUGCUUGUGUGAAGUUGGAGCAUUUGGACCUAACUAGGCAGGUACAUGCUCAGGUUUUGGUAGUUGGAUUCUCAUCUAAUGUAGUUCUUGCAAGCUCUACUGUGGAUGCUUAUGCAAAAUGCGGGGUAAUUGAUGAUGCCAGGAAGAUGUUCGAUGACAUGCCUACAAGAGAUGUUCUUGCUUGGACCACAUUGGUAUCAGGUUAUGCGAAGGGGGGGGAUAUCAAAUCAGCUAGAAAAUUGUUCAAUGAGAUGCCAGAGAAGAACCCUGUUUCAUGGACAGCUUUGAUCUCCGGAUAUGUUAAGAGUGGUCUGGGGCACGAAGCACUGGAACUCUUCUCAGAGAUGAUGAUGAUGUACAUCAAACCAGAUCAAUUCACUAUCAGUAGUAGUCUUUGUGCUUGUGCCAGCAUUGCUUUACUCAAACAUGGUAAACAAAUUCAUGCUUAUCUGGUACGGAAUCACUUCAGACCUAAUACGAUAGUUGUAAGUUCUCUCAUUGAUAUGUACUCAAAGUGUGGAAGUUUGGAAGUUAGUCUACAGGUGUUUCACUGUAUAGGUAAUAAGCAAGAUGUCGUGCUGUGGAACACAAUGAUUUCGGCCUUGGCACAACAUGGUCGUGGCAAAGAGGCUAUCCAACUAUUCGGUGACCUGGUGAGAGCAGGAAUAAAGCCUAAUAAUGUUACAGUGGUUGUAAUUCUUAAUGCAUGUAGCCAUUCAGGCCUUGUGGAUGAAGGGCUUAGUUAUUUUAAAUUCAUGACCAAGGACAAAACUAUUGUUACCACCCAAGAGCAUUAUGCAUGUUUGGUUGAUCUCUUGGGUCGUGCUGGACGAUUCAACGAGGUGUCGGAGUUGCUUGAGAAUAUGCCUAUGAGACCAGAUAAUAGAGUUUGGAAUGCCUUACUUGGUGCUUGUAAAAUUCAUGGAAAUAUAGAAUUGGGAAGGAAAGCAGCUGAACACCUUAUUGAGUUAGAGCCUCAAUCUUCUCCAGCUUAUGUAUUGCUUUCAAACAUGUAUGCUGCGGUUGGAAGGUGGGAAUCAGUGGAAAAGGUGAGGCAUCUUAUGAAUAAGAGAAGAGUGAGAAAAGAGAGAGCCAUUAGCUGGGUUGAAAUCGAGAGUAAGCUGCAUGCAUUCACUGCUUCUGAUUUGUUGCACCCUUCGAAGGAUGAAAUAUACUCAGUCUUGGAACAGUUAGCUGGACAGGUUGAAGAUGAUUCUUUGAUUAUAUAACACUCAUUUUUUUGAAAGACUAUGAAAUAUGUCUUUGCUGUCUCAGUUUUGUAAGGAAGGCAUUCUCAAGGAUAACCACAAGAACUGUACAUUGUUUACAUAUAUUGUUUUGGUGCUCCUCCCUUUUGGAAGCUUAUAGUUUAGGAACAGGUCUCCACAUUGAGAAAUAACUUUGCUUCUGUGAAAACCGAGAUGUGUUUCUCCAUGGCAAAUAUGUCAUUAUGAUAUCAAUAAAAUUAUCAGUGAAAAAGAUUGUCUU